AUGGUGAUGUGGGUCCUAGAGGCAACGAUGGGGCUCAGAGACACCGAAGUCGAAGAAGAGUUCUUCCAAGACGACUGCCAGCCUGACCGCUUCAAGUUAAGGCCCUAUCAACAAGCCCAAGCGCGCCUGUCGACAGGAGCCGGAGAACUAGGAUUACCAGAAGCCGUAAUGCGAAGGUUCUCAGCUUCUCUGGGCAACCUAGUCGGCACCCUCCCUGCGGUUAUAGCCGCGUUACGGGGUCCAUUGGGAGAGUCGGUGAGAGUUCGGAUACCGGGAACCGUGUUGGUGGAGCGGAUGGGGGACGCUAUCAAAGAACUCAACCAGGAGCAUGGAAUAUCGGUGGAGAUUCUGAAGGGGAUCCUUCCCCCGUCAUGGGUUGAGUGGGCCUUAGAACCGACAGGAGAAACCGGAAGGCGUCAGCCCACCGUUGCAGAACUGGCAGCACACGAUGGGGAAUCUACUACGCCGAGGAAAGCCCAGCACAAACUGGGCAAGGCGAUUAACAAGAUACAACUUGAAAAGUUCAUGGAGUCUCUGGAGCACCUCCCCCAGGAGGCGGUACCACCCACGCGGGACAACCCCUACGGAGGUCAAGAGGCCAGGAACAUGGCAUACGCACGAACGAGAAGCUCGCAAGGGCAAGGGGGACACACGUUCCUGAGAGCGGCUGCCACCGACCGAGCUCGAGAGAUUCCAUCGAACGAAUUCGUCUACGCGACGAGACGCGCCUUGGGAGUUGAAGAAUUCUUGGCGGAAAGAUGUCCCAGGUGCCACAGAGGCAGGGAAGGCGAGAUCAUCACAACGGUGCACGCAAGGACCUGUCAAAGGGAUGGAGCACAGGUCAACAUGCACGAGCCGUUAAAAUACGCACUAUCGAGAGCACUCAACGGCCUUCGCGUCAAACACGACGUUGAAAGCGGGGCACCGUUCACGGGGGAAAGAAACCUGAGCAUGGACAUCGUCAUCAGGCCAGGAGCCCUCACGAACGCAUCUUCUCCGGGGUACCGCAACAAAGGAAUACUCCUCGAUGUCACACACGCAGACCCGCAAGCACAGGUACACUUGCGGAACGGCAGCGCGACCAGCGAUGGAAUCGCAGCCCAAGCAUCCGAGGCGCGAAAGCGUCAGCACUACGCUUGUCCGGGACACGUGUCCUUUGACGAACGCAGCUUUAAACUUACCACCUUAGCCGUGGAAAGCUUUGGCCGCCUUGGAGAGGAGGGUUACGAGUUCAUCGAUGAACUUGCGACACAUGCCGUGGGAGGAAGGGACGGAGGAACGAUGGCUCUGAAAGGAGUCUUCAAGGAACGACUUCUUCAGAUCGUUUCGGUGGCUACACAGGUGGCCAUAUCUCGGCGACUGCAGAGGUACAAGCUCGCAUUGCACGGGCGUCAAGACGCCGAAAACAGGCGAACAAGAUCGACCUCGGACCAGUCAACGCCAAUGAUAUGGGGAUGGAGUGUAGACGCAUCGUAGAACGCGUUUUCGUUUGAAGUUGGCGUGUUGUUUGAGAGUAGAUGUGACAGAUUUGCGUAGAAGAGGGUAAGAUGUUAUCAUGAACGGAAAAGAAAGGGCUUUUCCAACACGGAGAUGUAGCAUGGAUCAAAGCAUUUGUUGGAUUUCAGCUUUUACAAGAGGACAUCAACGCAGUAGUAUUUUAGCAAGCUUACGAACGCAUAUAGGAUACCAUGAGGAUUGUCAUUGGUUUUAUUUCAAGUUAUAGAGGAGAUAUUUUUACGAUGUAAGUGACAGUAGAAAUAAGUCCUACAUAUGUUGUUGUACUUCGUAUUUGUUUAAUAUUCAUGUAGAGUAUGAGACAUAAAGUGAAAGUUUUCUGAUGUACAUCUGCACUUGUCGGCAGGCAAAAAAAUCAAAAAC